CUUCGUUCGCUCGUGCACUAUACGCGGCGCGCGCGGUCUUCUCGUGGUUUUAUUUGGCUUCGUUAAUUUCUCAUUUGCAUGGCAAGGGAAUGCAAGAAUUCACGGGCCUGAAGUGGAGCUGAAACCCGUUUUAUCUCAACUGUUCACAGCGGUCGAACGAACGAACGGAGGACGUCGUGCGCUAAAAAUUGUGCUCCGUUAGGGAAACAGAGUAGGCAACGUGCAACGCGUAGUAACCGCAGUGUUCCUUGGUGAUGGUGAUGAUGAUGAUAAUAGUGGGAUUUAAGUAUCGCGCCCACAUCCGUUCAGUGGUUGUUCGUUAAUGUGUGCUCAUUGUGUCGAAAUCUGUAGCUGCGUGUGUUUCCUGUAGAACGACCGCUGUAAGUCCGCCAUCGUCAUCGAGUCGGGCCCACAUGUACGGCGCAUCCUUGUUCUAGCAGCCAAAACAAAGAGAGGUCGCAGAACUCCAGCUCGCGAGCCACCGACCACGACCGACGCCUUCCUUGCAGCAUCCAAAUCCGGUUGCAUCCGUUGCUGCCGUGUCCCCCCUCCCGCGCUAGUGCAACACGGUCGCAAGCAUACCACCGGUGGCGUAGUAGAAAGUGCGCGAAUUCGAUCGAACGAAAGGUGAGCGCUUCCUGCCGAGCCAAAGCGAGACAGAAACACAAACAAAGAGAUCGACGAAGGCGCUUUCACGCUCGCAAACCGGCGGCCCUCAUCUCAUCGCCAGCCAACCAGCCUCUCAGCCUCCCAGCCUACUUCGUUCCCUCGCUCGCUCUCGAUCCUAUAGGGGGUGGUGAACGCCGGUUUAUUGACCGAACACUACGCUACGAAACACAAGCUUCGGGACGAGGCGCCACCCCACCGGAGUCAGCUGUUCGGGCGGCGUGUAACGACGACGACAAGGUGAAUCAACGUUCCAGUGACCAUGGGGUGUUCCAGUUCCAGCACCAGCAGCAGAGAGCUUGGUGAACCGCUUAAAUAUGAUCCGGACUUUAAGGGACCACUGUCGAAGCGCUCCUGUACCGAUCUGCCCUGUCUUUUCCUGUUUGUUGGCUUCCUGGUGGGAUGGGGCUUUGUUGCUCACUACGCCGCACAGCAUGGAGACCUGAACCGACUUCUGGUGCCAACUGAUUCGUAUGGACUGAAAUGUGGUGUUGACAGUGAGGUGCGAGAUGAACCGUAUCUCAUGUUUUUCAACAUCACCGAGUGUGCCAAAAUCGAUGUACCCAUCUACGGCUGCAAGACCCCCCAGGUCUGUGUUAAGCAAUGUCCGACUGAAGAUUUUGACUUUAGCUUAGCUAGUUGCAGCACGUCGAACGUUGAGGCGAUUAGAGCGAAGCUCAUCUGCGAGCAUCGCGUCAAGAAGAACAAACUGACUUGUGCGGAGAUCCGUGACCUAAUCGAGGCUAAGCGCUGUGCUCAGGCCUUCCAGAAGAGCACACCAUUGGCAAAACGAUGCAUAUCGAAUCUCCCAGAAACGCAAUGCCCUUAUGUGCCUCCAAGGUUGCUGCAAAUGCGGCAGCAGCAAGCAGGACUGACAAAAGCGCAGUCCGCAGCCGAGCAUUGCAAUGAGCAGCGAGCGUUAGGACGUGAAAUUUUGGAAGAAAAAAUGGAAAAGCUGCAAUCGUUUCUGGCACGUUACGUCAAUAAUCUUAUAUCCGUUAUUACCAACGACACUAGCGUCCAUCAGACGAGUCAAAUGGUUGUUGAAGAUGUUCUGGAAUCCUGGCGAAUGAUUCUCGUAUUUCUGGCAUGCUCGAUGAUUGCAAGUCUCAUCCUUAUAACGAUGCUUCGCUGGAUAGCGAAACCUCUCGUGUGGGUCUCGAUUAUCGGAGUCAUUACUGCACUAAGCUAUGGUGUUUACUAUAGCUACACAGAGUAUCGUAAAAUCAGCGCUAAUCCGGUAGCAGCGCACGUAAAUGUGUCGCCCAACUUAAGCUCACUGGUGAGCUCCUGGUUCAAGUCGGACAGAACAUGGCUGUGGAUUCUGAUUGUGCUGUCCAUCGUGCUGGUAGUAUUGCUGCUUGUUGUGUUGGUUCUUCGCAAGAGGAUCGUCAUUGCAAUCGCCCUCAUAAAAGAAGGCAGCAAGGCAGUUAGUGCCAGCUUUUCGACUGUGUUCUUCCCGAUCGUACCCUGGAUUCUACAAGCUGGAGUGAUCGUGUUCUCAGUGGUGGUUCUACUCUUCCUAGCAUCUAUUGGCGAUCCGGUCUACAGGGUAUCUGGUUUAAAUUCAUCUAAAGCUUGCGUUUGUAGCAAUGGAUACACAGAAGGAGAUAUUUGCGAUCCUGGCGUGUUUAACGAGCAGUGCAGAGAUGUAACAGUCGGAACCUUUGAGCAAGCAAGGUGUGUCGAUGCGGCCUGUCAUUUCCAAAACGUUAACACUCCAACUAUUGUUGGGUACUUUCACGCCGUGAACGUGUUAGGAUUCUUUUGGUGCGUUUGCUUCGUUUCCGCCUUCAGUGAAAUGGUUCUGGCUUUUACCUUUGCUACCUGGUACUGGACCCGACCAAAGGCGCGCCUUCCCUUCUUCGUCCUUACGCGAGGCGUCACCCGAACGAUUUUCUUCCAUCUCGGCACAAUAGCGUUCGGUUCGCUGAUCAUUGCGAUCUGCAAAAUUAUUCGCGCCAUGCUCGAGUAUCUUGACCAUAAGCUGAAGAAGUACGAUAAUGGUGUGACACGGGCGAUCCUCUGCUGUUGUCGUUGCUUCUUCUGGUGUUUGGAGAGUUUCUUGAAAUUCCUCAACACCAACGCUUACAUUAUGUGCGCUAUUUAUGGGAAAAAUUUCUGCUCAAGCGCACGGGAUGCGUUCGGUUUGCUAACGCGCAACAUCUUGCGAGCAAUAGCGCUGGACAAGGUGACCGGAUUUUUGUUCUUCCUUUCGAAAUUGUUGCUGGCGUGCGGUAUGGCUGCCGUCACGUAUACCUUCUUCGACAGCGAAAUCCCAAAGACACCGCUCAAUUAUCCCUUCGUACCGGCAGUGUUCGUGUUUCUCGGAACGUACAUCAUCGCCUCGAUCUUCUUCAGCGUGUAUUCCGUGGCUGUCGAUACGCUUUUCCUGUGUUUCUUGGAAGAUUGUGAGCGAAACGAUGGUAGCGCGGAGCGGCCAUUCUUCAUGUCCAAAAGCUUGCUAAAAAUACUUGGCAAAAAGCAACAAUCGUCACGAAAUUAAUACCAAAAAGCGUACCGAAGAGGACCCACAUUUCAUUGGAUUUUUCUGUCUGGCACAAAGGAAAAUUAUUCAUGCGGCGAUUUGUGAACAAAUUUACUUGAUAUUAAGGUAUGCACACAUACUACCAUACCAUUGAGCGAUAAAGAUUAAGACUUCAUCUUUUGAUACUAGUUUAUACGUAACCAUCGGUGUGAUAAGCAUUAGCUGAGGUUAAUCGGUUCGCCAAUUUGUAGAGCAGGUCAUCUACCGAAAGAAAGUAUAGUAGGAGGAAGGGGUGGUGGCGACUAAUGUAAAAGAGCGGUGGAUCAGUAUCGAACCUAGAAGCUAGACAGAACAUUCGUGCACACAAUCCAACAUGCUUACAUGCAACGACUACCUCUCUGAACCAUCGUUGUCUAGUGAGUUUUGCAAAAGUAACUUUUAAUAACUUAUUUUUGAAUAGAACCGAAUGGGUAAUGCAUCUUGUUGCAACGGCGAAUGUUUAGUGUAUGAACGUACAAGACAAGAAGCGAGCUGACAAAGGCCAAACGUUCGAAUAUGAGCGAACCGCGCAGAUACAGGGAAACGUAGAGCGAGGUGAUCAUUACAGAUGUAAAGUUAUGUGCGUGUUAUCUGAUCGCAAAGAUCAUGAAGCAGGAUUUGAAAUUCAAGUAUUACUUAAUGAAAUACUGUCGUUAGUAACAUUGUCAUCUAACGACUUUUUAAUAAUAAAAAGAAAAUAUCUACCUUCCACCGAA